CGUGACGGCCACAUCACUACCAGGACUGACUAUCGUUACCAAACUCUGAAGGCUUCACCGGAGGGAGCCGCAGUCUGGUGGCAGCCCGCUUCGCUUCUUAGCUGUAAUAUUGUGAUCCGGUGAAGAGUCAUGUAUCGGCGGCCGCUGCAGUCCGCCGUCAGAAACGUGUUUAACGUGAUUAACGUGACAGCGUCCAGAGCCGCCUACGGAAAGGUGUUAUUACAAGAAGCCUGUUUUGCCAGAGCUUUAGUAGCUUGCCAACUGGCCAGAGUCUCCUCUCCCUGUUUAACACCAUGUCGGACAAUGCACAUCACCACACAGCUCUGCAAUGUGAAGGAGACGCCCCAGCACUCCGAGGAAGAAGUCGGGGCCUUCACGAAGCUCAUUGAGGCCAUGGGCUUCACUGGACCGCUCAAAUACAACAAAUGGAAAAUCAAGAUUGCUGCCUUGCGCAUGUACACAUGCUGUGUAGAGAGAAUCAAUUACGACGAGUUCUUUGACAAGUGCUCCCUCCCAGACACACUCAACUCCUGGUUCUUGGUAGCACAGCUGCAUGUGUGGAUGUGUUUGGUGCGAAUGCGUCAGGAGGGCAGAGAAGGAAAGUACAUGUGCCGUUACAUUGUCCACUCCAUGUGGGAGGAUGUAGAGCAGAGGAGCAAAAUCAUGGGGAUCGAUGCCACCCAUAGGAAGGAAGGAAUGAAAGCAAUGACGGAGACGUUUUACGCAGCAAUAUUUGGAUAUGAUGAGGGAAUCCUGUCUGAUGACUGUGUGCUGGCAGCAGCUCUGUGGAGAAACCUGUUCAAUUGUACGUGUGAAGACCCCAUACAGCUGGAGCUCAUGGUGGGAUACGUACGCAAACAGAUGCAGUACAUUGAUGCUCUGGAAGGUGAGGACCUGAUGCUGACAGGAGAGGUGAAGUGGCGCCCCGUGGUGGAGGAGAACGCACAGAGCAUCCUGAAGGUGGCCACACCCACGUACAACGACACCGGACUGUGAAACGAAGAGACAGAUUCCUGAUUCCUCUUCUCCAAAGUCCUCUUCUUCUCCCACUUUCUGUUUCCCAUCAUUGUGUCUUUCUUCCUCUCCCCUAAUCAUGUAACUUUCUCUCCUCUAUCUCUCUUUCCUCUCCUCUCCCCUUUUCUAUCAUAUAAUUAGGGAUUUUAAAUUUGUUGCUGUAGCUUUCCCAUCCACUCCUCUAUUUCCUUUUCUCUCCUCUUGUAUACCCAAAACUUCCUCCUUCCUCCUCUGUGUCUGGACGUUCAGUAUAGGCAGGAUAAAUAGUCAGGGAUUAUCUUUCACACUCGUCAAUCAGCGAACCAGCCAGUCCAAAAACAAGAAACGCCAUGCAUCAUCAUCCUUCAUCGUUGUCCUGUUGGUUUUGAGAGCCUCUGCCGCUUCCUCUUGAGCUGGUGAGGGAAAAACACACACAAGAAGAAAACAAGACACUCUGUAUUUAUAUUUUUCUUGUUUUUUUUUUUCCAUGAAUGCCACGCUGUAUUUAUAAAGUAUUUUGUAUACCUCCAUGUUUACACUCUUCCCCUGCAGAGGUGUUAGCCAAGACUUCUGUCACUGCUCCGUCACUGUGCAUUAAAUAAAGUUUCACUGAAGUUGGGUGACAUGAAAAUAAUGGUUCUCAGAAACAAACUCGAAGAUUUCAGCGGGCUAAUGGACCUCGUGUCUUUGUCAGAAGUCUGUAGCUCCACACCUCUGCUGCUGAACAUCAACAGUCUGUAUGUCUCUCUGUUUGUCUGGCUCUCUCGUCCCACAACGCUCUCAGACCUGAACAGGAAGCGGAGCUCUCAAAGAAGUCAUCGCUGCGUUAAAAACAAUGAGAAUUUUUUUUUGUUUGUUUUUAAAAAGUGAAUUAAUAAAAUGUUAUCUGGAUAUAAAGAAA